UUCCCCACUCUAUAUUAGGAUUAGGUGAAUGUCUCUUAAUAUCUCAGAAGAGAAUUUGGCAACUUAUGAUACUAAUAAUAAGAAAACAGAAAUUGUUGUAAGACAAUACGAUGAAGAGAAGGACAAGUUGGCUGUGGAAGAAUUGGAAGGACAGUGUGAUUUUGGACAACGAGGGCAACCAUCGUUGUUCACUGACCUCAUGGGUGACCCCAUUAGUCGUAUUCGCAAUCUCCCCUUACAUGUCAUGUUGGUAGCUGAAUAUGGAAACGAUGGAGAAAUUGUUGGGAUAAUUAGAGGCUGUAUAAAGACUGUCACUAGAGGAAACAAAGGCUCAACUCCAUGUCCAGUUUAUGUAAAAAUUGCUUAUAUUCUUGGCCUCCGUGUUUCAUCCCACCACAGGAGGCUUGGCAUUGGAACAAAACUAGUUGAGAAGCUAGAAGGUUGGAGCAAAAUAAAUGGAGCAAAAUAUGCUUAUAUGGCGACGGACAGUAACAACCAAGCUUCGAUCAAAUUAUUCACAUCGAAAUGCAAUUACGCGAAAUUUCGCACUCCUUCCGUGUUAGUACAACCAGUUCAUGCUCACUUCAAGCCUAUUGCAUCCGACAUUGCCAUCGUUCGAGUUUCACCACAACUCUCUGAGUCAUUCUAUCGACGUAUUUUCGCAAACUCGGAGUUUUUUCCCAAAGAUAUAGACCAUAUCCUAGAUAACAAGCUUAAUUUUGGUACUUUCAUGGCCGUACCAAAGAAAACCCUCCUAAAUUGGGAUCCAAAAAGUGGAUCUUUUCCACCAACUUUUGCUAUACUAAGUGUGUGGAACACUAAGGAAAUAUACAAGCUACAAGUGAGAGGCAUAUCGUCGCUAAAAUAUGCCUGUUGUCUAGGGACUAGGGUUUUGGAUUCGUGGAUGCCAUGGCUAAGGGUUCCUUCGAUUCCUAAUAUUUUUAAGUCGUUUGGGUUUUAUUUGUUGUAUGGAAUUCACAUGGAAGGCAAAGAUGGUCCAAGGCUCAUGAAAUCACUUUAUGCGUUCGCGCACAAUAUGGGGAGAAAUGAUAAAGAGUGUCGUCUGUUGGUGUCUGAAGUUGGGCUUGACGAUCCUGUUAGAGAGGCAAUCCCGCGAUGGAACAAGUUUUCAUGGGGAGAUUUAUGGUGCAUGAAGAAACUUGAUGUCAAUGAAUCUCCGGAUGAUUGGAUGGAGUCACGAGUUUCUUCUUCAUCAGUCAUUUUCGUUGAUCCGCGUGACUUCUAAUUAGGUUUGCAUGGAGGUUUAGAUAAGCUUAUGAGCAAUUGUAUAUUCCAACCAAAACAAC